AUGAGAUCAAACUUUCCCAAUCAACAUCUGUUCCGCCACCAAAACGGAAGAAAUCACCGGCGUCAACCGCCACUGAAAAAGUCAACGAAGAGAGGUCAAGUCAACAACAUGAUCAAGAAAUUAAUAAUAGCAACUUUGAUAAAUUCAACAAAAGACAAAUAUGAGAUCAAACUUUCCCAAUCAACAUCUGUUCCGCCACCAAAACGGAAGAAAUCACCGGCGUCAACCGCCACUGAAAAAGUCAACGAAGAGAGGUCAAGUCAACAACAUGAUCAAGAAAUUAAUAAUAGCAACUUUGACUCAAUUAUUUGCAUGUCAAUUCUAAUGGUGACCCUAUUGAUAAUGUUGUUUUGGGGCAAGGCUUGUGCCAUUAUUUGUACGUGUGCAUGGUUUUAUUUUCUUCCUCGGGUUUCGAAUACCGGAGAUCAUUGCUGGAAAGGUUGGCAACUUGGCAUUGCCGGCGGCAUUAACGUGAACUCGGAGGAGUACAAGAAGAAAGUUGUGUUGGAAGGAUUUUUGGAGAGAAAUCAUAAGAAUGGUGUUGGAUUUUUGUAG